AUGGCCAACAAGGUACCUCGUGCACCAUUAAUUGUUGGUGGUGGUCUUGUUUAUGCUGGGGCAUGUGCGCUGGCCUUUUCUGUUUUCAACUCGGGAAACAAGAACGUCAAAGAAACCAAUCAACAUUUGGAAGCCCAUCGGGAAAAAGAUCCUAAUUUUUCGUUUGUGUCAGAUCCGUGCCGAGCUUGUCGAUUUCAAAAUGUUGCGAACAAGUACGAUAAGGAGAUAGGAAGAGACGAGAGUGUAAUGGGUAUCAAUCUGCUACGGCGAUCGCUGCUGUACUUCCAUUCCAAAGGAUUGGUUCUUGAAGUUGGAGCUGGAACUGGUAGAAAUGUGGACUUUUACCCAAGUGCAGUAGAUAGAGUAGUCCUUAUGGAUCUUUCCGACAAAAUGUUGGCGGAAGCCAAGAAGAAACUGUACAAGGAUCAAAAGCCACAGUUUGCCUGCGUCGUGGGUGACAGUACAUCUUUGGACUUUCCCGAUGAUUCCUUUGACUCGGUGGUGGACACCUUUGGUCUGUGCAGUUACGAUGACCCAGUUGUCGUAUUGAAAGAAAUGUCACGAGUAUGUAAACCAGAUGGAAAGAUACUGCUGUUGGAGCACGGUCGAUCGAAGACGUGGGAUUCCAUCACGCAAUAUUUGGAUAGGAACGCCGAAAGACACGCUAGGAAUUGGGGAUGUGUUUGGAAUCGAGAUCUUGACAGAAUCCUAGAAGAAGCAGGUCUACGACUCGAAACAUUGACUACGUGGCACUUUGGAACAACCUAUUACGUCGUCUGCAAGCCUAGCAACAUCACACAAUGA